AAGAGCAGCACAGCAUGGUCAUCGCGAACAAUCCAUAUGCGAGGAGGCCCGUAUGUAGGGCAUCAAUCAAUACUCGGUGAUUUUCCCCGUUUCUUCGAAUUCAUAUGACAAAUAGAUUGGUGGGUGAGUCUAGGGCGCAUCAUUUGGAUUUGGAGGAAGAGGAAGAAGCAGAACAGCGAAGGCAUGCCGUUAUUCGCGUCAGAGGAAGAGUACGAGCGGUGCUCGCACGAUGCGUCUCUGGUGGCAGAGAAGGCCGAUACAUUCAUCAAAGAAGUUUACAACCAACUCGAGACUGUCAAGGCACAGGCGGAUGCAGCGGCUAUCACCGCCGAGCAGACCUGCUCCCUCCUCGAACAGAAGUACGUAUCCCUAUCCUCCGAUUUCGCCAAGCUUGAAUCUCAAAACUCCCAACUCAAUUCUGCCCUCCAACAACGUCUCUCUGAGCUCGCCCAAGUUCAAGCUGGGAAGCACCAAAUCCAUCUCAAAUCCAUUGAGAAAGAUGGAGAGAUGGAGCGGUUGUCUACUGAAGUCUCUGAGCUUCACAAAUCCAAGAGGCAGUUAAUUGGUUUGUUGGAGCAGAAGGAUUUAGAGAUUAGUGAGAAAAAUGCUGCCGUCAAGAGCUAUCUCGAUAAGAUUGUCAACUUGACUGACAGUGCUGCAUUAAGAGAAGCUCGAGUGAAUGAAAUUGAGGCAGAGUUGGCACGUUCUCAUGCUUCCUGUACUCGUCUUUCACAGGAGAAAGAACUUAUUGAGAGGCAUAACAUUUGGCUUAAUGAUGAGUUGACAACCAAAGUAGACAGUCUCAUUGAGCUGCGCAAAGCACAUAGUGAACUUGAUGCAGAUAUGUCUGCUAAGAUUGUAGAUCUUGAGAGAAAAUUGAAUGAAAGUUUGAGCUCUUUAAAGUGGAACAAGGAUAGAGUGAUGGAGCAGGAAAUGAAGCUUACAUCGCUUCAGGAGGAGCUAAGCUCAUCUAAAGAUGCUGCUGCAGCCAAUGAGGAGCGAUAUUCUGCUGAAAUAUCAACUGUUACGAAGCUUGUUGAAUUAUAUAAGGAGAGUUCCAAAGAAUGGUCCAAAAAGGCGGGAGAGCUUGAGGGUGUGAUCAAAGCUUUGGAUACUCAUUUAAGUCAAGUUGAAAAUGGAUAUAAAGAGAGGCUUGAAAAGGAAAUUUCUGCAAGAAAAGAAUUUGAAAAGGAAGCUGUUUAUUUGAAGGAGAAGCUUGAAAAGUGUGAAGCUGAGGUUGAGAACAGUAGGAAAGCAAGUGAGCUGAAUCUUCUUCCUCUGAGCACUUACACUACAGAAACAUGGGUGGAUUCAGUUGAAGGAAAUGACAUGGUCAGCAACAAUCGCACAGUUGUCCCUAGUAUUCCCAUAGGUGUUUCAGGAACAGCAUUGGCUGCUUCACUUCUACGGGAUGGUUGGAGUCUUGCAAAAAUGUAUGCCAAGUACCACGAGGCUGUUGAUGCGAUGCGACAUGAGCAAUUGGGAAGAAAGCAGUCCCAAGCAAUAUUGGAGCGGGUCCUGUAUGAAAUAGAGGAGAAAGCUGGCGUCAUUUUGGAUGAGCGAGUGGAACAUGAGAGAUUGGUUGAAGCAUACUCAGUUGUAAACCAAAAACUGCAGCAUUCUCUUUCUGAACAGACUAAUUUGGAGAGGACCAUCCGGGAAUUCAAGGCUGAUUUGAGGAGGUGUGAACGAGACUACUCUAUAGCACAGAAGGAGAUUGUUGAUCUCCAGAAACAGGUGACGAUCCUUCUAAAGAAAUAAUGCCGAGAUGUACAACUUCGUUGUGGAUCUGUGGGUCAUGAUUAUGCUGAUUACAGUACCACUUUUCCUGUUGUUGAGUUAAAUGCUGACUCUGAUGCUGAAAAAGUUAUUUCUGAAAGGCUGUUGACCUUUAAGGAUAUAAAUGGGUUAGUUGAGCAGAAUGUCCAGCUCCGAAGCCUUGUGCGAAGUUUUUCUGACCAGAUUGAAAAUAGAGAAAUGGAGCUGAAGGAGAAGUUUGAGGUAGAACUUCAGAAACACACUGAUGAGGCUGCUGCCAAAGUUAAUGCUGUACUAGCGAGAGCUGAAGAACAAGGGCAGAUGAUCGAAUCACUUCACACCUCUGUUGCAAUGUACAAAAGGUUAUAUGAAGAGGAGCAUAAACUUCAUUCACCUUACCCCCGCACUGCGGAAAUUGCUCCAGAUGAUGGUAGGGAAGACCUUAUGCGUCUAUUUGAAGGUUCACAGGAAGCUACAAAAAAGGCCCAAGAAGAGGCUUCUGAGCAUGUGAGAUGUUUGGAAGAAGAUUUGGGAAAGUUGAGGAGUGAGAUGAUAUCACUACGAUUAGAACGUGACAAGUUGUCUCUAGAAGCAAAUUUUGCACGUGAGAAACUUGACAGAUUUAUGAAAGAGUUUGAGCAUCAGAGAGAUGAAACCAAUGCUGUUAUAUCCAGAAAUGUUGAAUUCUCACAGUUAAUAAUUGACUACCAACGAAAGCUACGUGAAGGUUCUGAGUCUUUGCGUGUUGCUGAGGAGCUCCCACGAAAGUUAUCGAUGGAGGUCUCUGUCUUGAAGCAUGAAAAAGAGAUGUUGUUGAACUCAGAAAAGAGAGCUUGUGAUGAAGUUCGUAGCUUGUCUGAGAGGGUUCAUCGUUUGCAGGCUAGUUUAGACACUAUCCAGAGUGCAGAGGAAGUUCGUGAGGAAGCGAGAAGGGCGGAGAGGAGAAAACAAGAGGAGUACAUUAGACAGAUUGAGAAGGAAUGGGCCGAGGCUAAGAAAGAGCUUCAAGAAGAGCGUGAUAAUGUUCGGCGGCUCACACUUGAUCGAGAAGAGACAAUGAAGAAUGCUAUGAGACAAGUUGAGGAAAUGGGGAAAGAAUUAGCUAAUGCCUUGAAUGCUGUUGCUGCAGCUGAGUCUAAGGCAGCUGUUGCUGAGGCCCGAUAUUCUGAUAUGGAGAAGAAGAUCAAAUCUCCAGAAACUAAGAUUGCUGGGAAUGACAGUGAAUGCGGAAUUUCCUCUCCCUCAACCAAUGAUGCUAUUUCCGACUUGUGUGUUGCAAGAGAGGAGAUUGAAAAACUGAGAGAGGAAACACAAGUUAUUAAGACCCACAUGCUGCAGUAUAAGAGCAUUGCACAGGUGAAUGAGACUGCAUUGAAACAGAUGGAAUUUGCUCAUGAGAACUUCAAAAGCGAGGCAGAUAAAAUGAGGAUGUCACUUGAAGCUGAACUUCUGUCAGCUAGGGAGCAGGUUAAAGAACUUGAAAGAGAAUGUAGUUCGAAGUCCAAAGAAGCAUCAUCUUCAGCUGCAGAGAGAGAAGCAGCUCUUGCUUCUGCUUUGUCAGAAAUUGACCGACUUAAGCAAGAAAGUUCUGUUAAGAUGUCCCAAAUUGCUACAAUGGAUAUCCAAAUUUCUGCUUUGAAGGAAGAUUUGGAGAAGGAGCAUCAGAGAUGGCGUGAUGCUCAAACCAACUAUGAAAGACAGGUUAUACUGCAGUCAGCGACAAUUCAAGAGUUGACAAAAACAUCUCAAGCUAUGGCUGCUUUGCAAUACGAGGCAUCUGAGCUGCAUAAAUUGGUUGAUGCACUUAAAACUGAAAAUAAUGAGCUCAAGGCCAGGUGGGAUGUAGGCAAGUCAAUGCUAGAAGAAUCAAAGAACGUAGCUGAGAAUAAGUACAAUGAAGUUAAUGAACAGAACAAGAUACUGCACAAUAGGCUCGAGGCUUUGCACAUUAAAUUAGCUGAAAAUGAUCGUGAUUCUGCUGGGAUAUCCUCUGGAAACUCUAUUCAGGAUCCACUACUUGACACUGGGUUACACAAUGUGGUAAAUUAUCUCCGCCGGUCAAAGGAAAUUGCAGAAACUGAGAUAUCUUUGCUAAAGCAGGAAAAGCUUCGAUUGCAAUCACAGCUUGAGAGUGCUCUAAAGGCAUCAGAGACUACGCAAGCAUCACUUCAUGCUGAGCGAGCAACUUCAAGAGCGAUGUUGUUCACAGAGGAAGAAUUUAAAUCUCUACAACUUCAGGUUAGAGAAGUGAACUUGCUUCGUGAAAGCAACAUGCAACUCAGAGAGGAAAACAAGUAUAAUUUUGAGGAAUGCCAGAAAUUACGUGAAGUUGCCCAUAAAGCAAGGAUGGAAACCGAGCAACUGGAGACUUCACUGAGAGAGUGUCAAACUGAGGUGGAAGCUUGGAAGAAAGAAAUUGAAAUGCAGAAAAUAGAGAAAGAGCAUUUGGAAAAGAGGGUUGAUGAGUUGCUUGUGAGCUGCAAGAAUAUUGAUGUGGAAGAUUAUGGACGCAUGAGAGAAGAUAUUAAACGGAUGCAGACAAAUCUGAGUGAGAAGGUUGCGCAGCUGGAGGAAAAUAAGAAACUUCUUUCCGAAAAACAGGUUGUAAUAUCAGAAUUGGAGCAGGACAUUGCAAAGAGCAGAAUCGAACUAAAUGAGAGGGAGGGAAGGAUUAACGAAAGUUUGCAAGUUGAGGUUUCUCUGAAAUAUGAGGUCGAGAGGCAAAAGAAGUUGGUAGCUCAAUUAAAGAAGAAGCUGGAAAACUUGUCGAAGGAAAAGGAGGAGCUGAGCAAGGAGAACCAAGUUCUUUCCAAACAGUUAGAGGACUAUAAGCAAGGGAGGAGGGGCGUAGGGGAUGCGUUAGCUGAACAUGCAAUGAAGGAAAAAGAGAAGGAGAAAGACACAAGAAUACAGAUUCUAGAGAAAACUGUAGAGAGGCAGAGAGAGGAGUUGAAGAAGGAGAAGGAUGACCAUAAGACAGAGAAAGCAAAGCGUCUGAAGACAGAGAGGACAAUAAUGGAUUCUAUAAAGUCAGUCAAUCAGGAAAGAAACAAGCUGGUAGAUGGGCUUGAGAAGCAUAAGCAGGCCCUAAAGAGGUUGUCAGAGGAAUUUGAGAAGCUUAAGCAUGCCAAAACCAGUCUUCCAGAGGGUACAACAGUGGUUCAGAUUCUUUCUGGGACUCUCUUGGAUGACCUUUCUGCUGCCUAUUUUCUGGCCGUGGAAAAUUUUGAACGUGUUGCUCAUUUAGUUUCCAGUGAACUUGGAGCUCCUCUGGCAGACAUUUCUCCAGUAGUGGAUGCUUCAUCUUCAGGACUUGCUAUAGGUCAGUCAGUUCCUUCCCAGGUGCCAAGCAUCUUACCUGCAAUUGGCUCCACAACAAGUUUGCCAUCAGCUAAACCGACAGAAGAAAGAGAGAAGAGAUUUACUUUACCAAAAUCGAAUGUUGAAGCCCGUAAAACGGGAAGGAAGUUAGUUCGACCUCGUAUUAUAAAGCCUGAAGAGCCUCAGGGAGAUACAGAGAUGCCAGAAAUUGAGGGAUCCAACAAUGAUGGAAAGUCUGUGUCCUCUCAUAACUUAGAAACUCAAGGAAGCCUAACGCUACUGACCCAUACAACUGUUCGCAAACGCCUUGCUUCUUCAACCUCUCCUGAGUUACAAGAAGAGUCACUUGUUCAAUGUGGCACUAGCUCUGAUGUGGAAGCACCUGUGCUGAAGAAAUCCAAAGGCUCAGAUUUUCCACAAGACGGUGCUGAAGGACAAACUGCUGCUGUUUUGGAAAAUUUGGAAACUCUACCUGCUGUGGAAGAACCUUCAGAUGCUAUUGGUGAUUUGCCCCAAGGUUCCAAUGAGGAAGCCAUUGAUGCUGAGAAGGAUGAUGUAGAGACUAGUGGGGAGCAGGAUGAGGAGCCAAAGGUGGGUGGUGAUAAUAAUCAAGUUGAGUUGCAGAGCGAGAGCAAUGAUGUUUUGGAGGAGAUACCGUAUAAGCAAAAUGAAUCAGAGGGGGUCUUUGAUGAAGGGUCGAAGGUUCUUGCUGAGCAGGAUUUCCAGCAGUCAGCGGUGGAGUCUGGAAGUGAGCAGGAAGAGGGAGAGUUGGUCCCCGAUGUCGCUGAUGUUGAAAGUGGUGGCAAUAUGUCUGGGAUGGUGGUGGAGAGCCAAGAAAUUGGGGAAAAUCAGCCUGAGGCUGCAGCGCUAGCUCCUCCUCCUGUGAGUUCACCUGUGGGUGAUGAGGAAACUCUAGUUGCUGCUGCUGCUACUGCU